AGCAUGAGGUCUCUGGUCUUUGUUCUACUGCUGGGAGCCGCUGUGGCUCUGGAUGAUGAUAAGAUUGUUGGAGGGUACGAGUGUGAGCCCUACUCCCAGCCCUGGCAGGUGUCUCUGAAUGCUGGGUACCACUUCUGCGGUGGCUCCCUGGUCAGCGCGGACUGGGUGGUAUCUGCAGCUCACUGCUACAAAUCUCCCAGCACCCUGCAGGUGCGCUUGGGUGAGCACGAUAUCUCGAGGAAUGAGGGCACCGAGCAGUACAUCCGUGCUUCCCGCGUCAUCCGCAACCCCAACUACGACUCCUGGAUCCUGGACAGCGACAUCAUGCUGAUCAAGCUGAGCAAGCCUGCCACCCUGAACAGUCAUGUGCAGCCCGUGGCCCUGCCCACCAGCUGUUCUCCCGCUGGCACCAUGUGCACAGUCUCUGGCUGGGGCAACACUAUGGACCCUGCCGUUAGCGGCGACAGGCUGCAGUGCUUGGACAUCCCCAUCCUGUCGGACAGGGACUGCGAGAACUCCUACCCUGGCAUGAUCACCCCCACCAUGUUCUGUGCCGGAUACCUGGAGGGAGGCAAGGACUCCUGCCAGGGUGACUCUGGUGGCCCUGUGGUGCAUAACAGAGUGCUCCAGGGUGUUGUGUCCUGGGGAUACGGCUGUGCGGAGAUGAAUUACCCCGGUGUUUACGCCAAGGUUUGCAUGUUCCAGGACUGGCUCUCCGCCACCAUGGCCAGCUAUUGAGUUUGAGCCCUGCUCUGUAGCUCCACAGCAGUCACACUACCCAACAGCAUGCUGUGCAGUCAAACAACAUCCCUUUCCAAC